ACGAGUGUCAGGCACAUGCAUAUUGAAAAAUUAUAUUAUUUAAUGAUUAAAAUCGUAAAAAAUUCGCAACAAUCAUUAUUAUGGAUGGCAUUGAUCUGCAGCGCCUUAGAAGUACAGGUAUAAUUGAGACAACUGGGUCCAGUUUUGAACAUGAUUAUAUAAAGAGGAUGGCAUUGCAAUAUUUGGAAUACACGAUGACCAAUCGCUUAAAAGUGAUACGGAAUGUGAAUCCCCCGAUGCGUGAUACUGAAAUAGCUAUUGAGAUGUCAAGGGGCGUGUACAGUUGGUCGUAUGAAAAGUUUUUGGCUCGUCGACGUUUCAAACAUGUUUGGAUCGAUGUCCUGAUGUGGGAGUUCGACGAGGCCUUAUUGGAGCGAGUCAAGUUACACUUUGAUUUAAGUGAACUAAACAGAUUAGUGGAUGUUCUUUUUAAGGCCAUGUAUGCCUUAGUAGAUGGUAAAUCCAUAGACUUUGGUAAAUAUCUUUGGGAUCCAUUCAUUGAUGUUCAAACAUAUCUGACAAUAGGCGAGGACUUAUGCUCGGAAGCGCAAAGAAAUAAAUCAAAGGAAUUUGAGUAUUGUAAUUAUUUAAUGGUCGCUUGGGGUCCCGUGGUGUUACCAAUCAUAAACGAAACCGACCAAAGAUUAUUUGAGGCAAUAGAAAUGCGUUACCAACUGAAUUGGUAUCGAAGCGAAGUUAACAAAAUGCAACUAAAAUAUGAUAUACUUCAAGAAAACUAUUUAAACAGCAUUUCGCAAGCAUUGCAAGCGAGCAAAAUGGAAGAGGAGGUUGGCUACAAUAUUGUAGACGUGAUCUACAAUGAAACCGAGGUGCCAAACGAAUAUUGCCAAUGGUAUAUCACACUAAUAGGCGUGUCCUUUGCUUGCAGAGUUUUCGAGAGCUUAUUACAAACUUUCAAGAGCUAUACGACGAGGAGUUGGAAAAGAUCGAAGCUAGUAUAG